AUGGCGCACACUGGCGAAUUUAAAUCGAAAACGCGCUCGCUUCAUUUUCCAGUUGGGCCACCAUAGUUUGGUGCAUUGUGGGAUAGUGAAGUGCCAUCGCUCGUGAGCGGUGGCUGGAAUCCGGCUUGGAACGCGCGGCGGUUGUGUUCCCAGAAUACUUAAAAUAUGACUACUGCUGCCCGACCAACUUUUGAACCAGCUAGAGGAGGAAAAGGAAAAGGUGAAGGAGAUCUCAGUCAACUUUCCAAGCAGUAUUCAAGUCGGGACCUUCCUUCACAUACUAAAAUCAAAUACAGGCAACCAACCCAGGAUGUCCCUGAAGAGCUGCGUAGCCGUGACUUCCGUAGGGAACUGGAGGAGAGAGAGCGAGUAGUAGUACGUGAAAAGAAUAGAGACCGACCGCCCAGAGAACAUACUACAUCAUCUUCAAAGAGACCACGGCUGGAUCAGAUACCUGCAGCAAACCUUGAUGCUGAUGAUCCACUGACGGAUGAAGAAGAGGAGGAAGAUUCUGAUAGAGACAGUAGUAGUGAAGAUGAUGAUGAUGAUGACACUGCUGCUCUUUUAGCUGAGCUCGAGAAAAUUAAAAAAGAACGUGCUGAAGAGCAAGCACGGAAGGAGCGUGAACAGAAAGCUGAAGAAGAAAGAAUUAGAAUGGAAAAUAUUCUGAGUGGCAAUCCUCUCUUGAACCUCAUCGGACAGUCAAACUUUAAAGUGAAACGAAGGUGGGAUGAUGAUGUGGUGUUCAAGAACUGUGCUAAAGGAAUAGAUGAAUCAAAGAGGGAUAAAAGAUUUGUGAAUGAUACACUUCGCUCAGAAUUCCACAAGAAGUUUAUGGAAAAGUACAUUAAAUAAUUGGCAUCAAAUACUCUAUUGCUGUUCAAUAGUUACAGAAAACAUGUUUUUCUUCCCCCUCCAAGGAUGGUAAACUCUAUUUUCCUCCCUAUUUGCCCCCUCGGACCUUGCAGCUAAACUCCAGAAGAAAAUCAUCUACUUUGAAGUUUCUGUCAGUGGCAGACAUAAGCAGCCCAGGAAAUAUUUGUACACCUAUUCAUGAAGCACCUGAUUUCUACUCCAGUGCAUCCUGUUGCAUCACAAAUGAAAUUAAGAGCUUGGUGACAUAGGAAGGAGGAGACUCAGUUGAACUUGUGUCCUAUUUCUUUAUUAACCACAUGUUGCAUCAGUGUGAGUUGCCACCUAACUGUUUUUGCCAUCUUAAAAAUAUUUUUUUUUAAUCAAUGUAGUUAGCAGAAUAUAAUUUGCAUAUAGUGUUUUUUUCUGGAAAAGUCUAAGGACAUUUGUAUGUCUUGAAACAUAUAGUGAAUAUUUAAUUGUAAGUUAUGAGCAAUAACAGUUUGUGUUAAAACUAAGGUGCCGCUCUCUUGGUGUAAUGCAAGAUAUAAAGGUAUGACUUUCAUCGGCAAAUCAGUUUCAACCCACUGAGGAAUAAGACAUUUUGUUACUAGACUUACCCCAAUUUUAAAAAUAAAUGUUAUUCGUAAAA